AUGGAAAUGUUUGAUCUCAUUCAAGAGAUAUUCUUCUUGUUUCUAAAUGUUAUUCGAUUCAAUUUGAUCUCUCUAUCCAAAUACCUUCUUCCCUACUCACUACUUCCUAAAAAAGAUCUUCAUAAGAAGCGAGUGUUGAUUACUGGAGCUGGAAGUGGUCUCGGGAAACUGUUGACCCAGAAAUUUGCGGAUAGAGGAGCGAUUCUGAUUCUUUGGGAUGUGAAUUUGAGAUCAGUCGAUGAGUUGAAAGAUCAGAUAAGAGGAAAUGGUGGAGAGGCUCACUCCUACGAAGUCAAUCUCUGUGACCCAAGACGAAUCUCCGAGGUUGCACAAAUGGUGUUGAGAGAUAUUGGAAAAGUUGACAUUCUAGUCAAUAACGCAGGUGUUGCUACAGCAAAACUGAUUCUGGACACUACAGAACAAGACAUCAACACUUCGUUUGGUGUCAAUGUGAAAGCUCACUUUUAUACAGUCCAACAAUUCCUUCCAUCAAUGUUGAACGAAGACGAUGGACAUAUUGUGACAAUUGCAUCGGCAGCUGGAAAAAUGGGAUCUGCUGGAUUGGCUGACUACACAUCGACAAAACAUGCAGUUGUUGGCUUCCAUGACUCCCUAGUUGCAGAAAUUAUGUCGAGUGGAAAAGAAGGAAUCAAGACCACACUGGUCUGCCCUUACUACACCCACACAUCCAUGUUCGACGCCACUGAUGCUUCAACUCGAUUCCCCUCAUUGUUCCCAAUUCUCGAUACAGAAUAUGUCGUGCAAAAAAUCUUCGAAGCUAUUGAAACCGAGCAAGAGUACCUGGUGACUCCAAGUAUUUUCUAUUGGGUGUUGCCUGGGACACAGUAA